ACCCGGCAUUCCUCUCGCGCCUGACGUCAGAACUGAUUGAAUCACUGGCGGGACAAAAAAAUUCCAGCAAACGAUUCUAGUCACCCGGCGCUUCGGCAGCGUUAUUUGAUUUAUACAAGUCGAAUGAAUAUAUAAGCUUACAAGAGUUACGUCGAGUUUGGAGGUAGUUUACAUACUUUACAGUGUGAGAAAUGGUGGCCAAGGGACAGAAGCGCAAACUCCGCAGGGAGGACGAGGGAGGAGGAUCUGCUUGGGAAAGUCAGCUCCAGUCCGUGUUGGACAUCUCCAUGGAGAAGUUCCACCGUGACCAGGCUCUUGUGGAGCCCUGCUUAUUACGGUCGGUUCUGAUCAACAACACACUGCGGCAGGUUCAGUCCGAGGUGCGGGCGCAGGUCGAAUCGCUGUCCGCUGUAAAAAUUCCCACACAAACAAAAAAUCAAACCGGGUUGCAUCCACAGCCCAAUUUUCCCCGAUUGUCCCCUCCAACCGAACCUCUUUCACCUCAGUUCUCACUGAACACUGAAAAUAUGGAGGACGAUUUCAUGGCCUGGACUUCAGAGGAGGAUUUCUCCUUAUCUUCAGCCAUUUCUGCCAUUCUCAAAGAUCUAGAUACAGUCAUCGACGCCGGUCAAGGGCAUUGUGCAUCUCAACGGGCUCCGCUCAGCUCUGUAGAGAAUCUAACUCAAUAUUCUCAGAGGACUGAAAGAACGUCCGACAUGGCAUCGUCCAUCAAAACAGAGGCCAUGUGUCCAGGUUUUUCUCAGGAUGUAGCUCUAGACAAACUUCUUCUAGACAUCGACACGUCUGUGUUCGAGCCGGAGGUGAACCUUCUGCAAGGUUUUUCCGUCACGACCGACGAUCUAGUGAAGUAUCUUCCAUCCCUGUCCAGAUCGCCAUCAGCGUCCUCUUCGUCAUCUUUCGUCUCUCACGGUCAGGCCACAUGGGAAAUCCAGGAGAUAGAGCAUGUCAUGGACAUCCUCAUGCGAACGUACCCGCAAAGCUGAUUUAGAUAUCAUCAUGUUCCUGACAUUGAGGUUGUAAACAGUUUUUAUGAAGGUGCACUGAAGAAAUUUCCACUAGCACAAGGGAUUGAACAAGACUGAUUAUGAUUUGCUACCUCGUGUCUAACAACUUGUCAUGUUCAAAGUAGUUGAUCUUAGAGUCAGCUGAUGGUUCAAGAAAUUGGCGUUCAUGCAGAAUUAUUUAACAAAGCACCUGUUGUUAUGAAUCAAGUCCUUCCAAAUGUGCCAUUUUGUGUUUUUUUUUGUAUUACUUUAUGAAAUGAUUUUCCCUAAAAUAUGCACUUUUCAUUGAGUCCAAUCCUUAAAUUUUAUAAUGUAUCUUUAUAUAGUUUGCAGGUUGUCAUUAACAGCGUCAUUUAAAGGUCAUUAAAAUGAGAUUGUGUAUAUUAUAAUGUGCAGUAAAUGUUACAUGAGCAUUAUGAAUAUACUGGUGCUGUUUCAGCAGAUGAACAUGUAGAUGCCUAUGCAAAAUAUUUACUAUGUCAGUAUGAAAUUAUGAAUAUUAAUCACUCUUUGUAUUCUAUUGUUGUACUUUAAAUAAAGUGGUACUUG